AUGGUGGUCUACAAUUUAUGGUGCAUCAAUAUCCAGCAACUCGUUCUCGCUGUGAUUGUUGGCUGGUCGUUCUUGGUCCACCCCGGCGUACCACCACCCGUCGAUGGUCCCCAGCUGGCGGAUAGCGUCGAAGUAGGGGGAGGCGUGCCUCAGAUGAUUGAGUCCCCUAGUCGAGCGGGGGUUGGAAAGACUGAAGAAAAUGUUCCGCCCACUUCAUCGAGCACGUCGGAAGAUAUUAGGGGCAAAUUAGGGGGCGCCGGUCCUGGCGUGCCUGAUCAGACGAUCGAGUCCCCUACACGCCGGAAGAUAUCCGUGCCUGAUGAGCCCGCUGCUUGUUGGGCGGGGGAUCGAAAGAGUGGAGCAAGUGCAGCUAGCUCGUCUAUCAUUGAUCGGUCGCACGACUACUGGACUAUGGACGACGACAGCCCCUGGGAGUGGGCAGUGCUCAGUCUGCAUGAAAAGGUUGCGCGUGAAUUCAACAAGAGGUCGGAUGUGCAACAGGUGCUCGCGGACAUUCUGGAACAUUACCCGCAUUGGCUGGCACAACCGGUGCUGGAGAAAGCAAGAAUGGUUGGCGGAAGCGAGGCCAGAGGAGACGGACUGCCGAUGGUGGAUGUUCCCCGGAACGGGGCGAUGCUACAUGACCCCAAGCUCUUUGAUGGGAGGAUGAUCCAGCAAGUUAAAAACCUCUACAAGCUUGUGCCAAAGCUGCUGUGCGAGAAGGUGGAGCGCAAACUACGCUGGGAUUCUGGCAAGGUGUUGUAUAUUGCGUGGCAGAUGUACGGCGCGCAGGGCGCUGUCGCAGAGCUCAAGCAGUUGUGCCCGCGUGCGCCGACAUCGAGGGCUGGGCGGCUGAAGGCCUUUGUGACCCGGGCGAGUCGGCUGGAUGGCUCCGCCCGGCGGCUGGCCCAGAGAGGCACGGCGUGGAUGUCCGCCCGGCGUUCGAGCACUGGUUCUUCGGGGGCCCGGACUCGAGCAAGCACUCGGUCGGCUGGCGCGGACAUUCCGCGGCUUGGUCGUGCCGGCGGACGGAGCAGUGGAUCAGCGCCCACCGACCCCGCCGGCGGAGAAGGAGGGUUUGUCCUCCUCCUCCUGCUGCUCCCAGCCAGCCAGGCACUCGCCGGCUCAGAAAUCAUCGAAACCAGCUCGGUCUCCUACUGCUCAGAGCCGCGCGCCAUCCUCGUCGACACCUUCGAUGUCCGCUACUCCAAGCGCAACCAGACCCUCGCCUUCGACCUCUCCGCCGCCUCCGUCAGCAGGGGCCUCAACCUCGAGGCCCAGCUCAGCCUGAACGCCUACGGCAUCCACGCCCUCAACCUGUCCAUCGACCUCUGCUCCGUCCUCUCCGGCGUCCUCUGCCCCCUGCCCACCUACAACUUCACCGGCUCCGGCCAGUACGCCAUCCCCCCCGACCGCAUCCCCGCCAUCCCCGCACUCGCCUGGGCCGUCCCCGACAUCGAGGCCGUCUUCACCAUCCAGCUCGUCGACAGCACCUCCAGCCUGCCCGCCGCCUGUCUCCAGGUCACCCUCACCAACGGCCUCUCCGUCGGCCACAGGGCCGUCGCCUGGCUCUCCGCCGCCUCCCUCAUCCUCGCCGCCCUCAUCGCCCUCAUUGCCGCCGCCCUCGCCCCCGAAUCCGCCCGCCUCUCCGCCCCCGCCUCCCUCUUCUAUCUCCUCGGAAACCAACUCCAGCAGAUGGCCAUGGCUGGAAUGCUCAGUCUGAACUACCCCGUCGUCUUGCGCACAUGGACCACCAACUUCGCAUAUUCAGUCGGCCUGAUCUCCAGCCCAAGCAUCAGUCGGGCCAUCGACGACCUGCGCGACCGCACCGGCGGCAACGGCUUCUCGACCACCCAAGACACCGUCGCCUUCAUCUCCCGGCUCUACUCGCCCUUCAACCAGCAGCCCGGCACCGUCGACACACACACCGACACCUCCACCUCCGCCCGGGCCCUGUUCGUCAAGGACACCAUGCACCAGAUGAUUGCCGGCGCAUACCAGCACGCCCCCCUCAACAACAACUUCACUACCACGACCACCCACCAUCUCCGGGCCCGCCAGGCCCUCGACUCCUCCGGCUUCACCCCCACCGUCCCCCGCCCCCGCCACACCGUCCCCGUGGUGACCCGGAACACCACCCUGCUCGACCCCGGCCUGGCCGCAUACGUCAACAAAGUCGGCUUCCCCGUCGAGAACGCGUUCAUGUUCCUGUUCAUGUGGCUCCUCAUCCUCACCGCCUUCCUCCUCGCCUGCUUCCUGCUCGUCUCCCUAACCCUCCUCAUCCUGCCCCCCUCCUCCCGAGCCGGCCGUCGCUCGCCGAUCCAGAAACUCGCCCGGCUCAGUCCCGUCGGCCUCGCCAUCGGCCUCCGCGUCCUCCUCUUCGCAUACCCGCCCCUCUCGCUCUUCACCUUCUGGCAGUGGAGACUCGGGAACGCCGACGCCCGCGCCCCCAUCUUCUUCGCCGUCGUCCUCUGGCUCGCAAGCUCCCUCGCCCUCGCCUUCACCGCCUGGCGUCUCUUCCGCCAUCACUCCCGCGGCCACCCCUGGAACUGGUCCAUCGCCCUCGUCGGCAUGUUCAAGCCCGGCAAAUGGUGGAUCUUGGGCCCCCUCACCCUGAUCUCCUUGCUCCGAGCCGCCUUCAUCGGAUUCGGCCAGGGCUCGGGACAAACACAGGUGAUCAGUGAGAUGAUCCUCCUGACGAUCAGCUUCGGCCUGAUGGUCGUCCACCGGCCCUUCGGGGCCACCUUGACCAACGUCGCCGCGAUCAUCCAGGCGACGAUGGCGGUGAUCCAGUCGGUGAUCCUCCAGUUCCUCGUCCCGUCGCUCGAGACCAAGCCGGUCCCCCGGACAGUGCUCGGCUUUGCCAUCAUCGUCUUGCACAGCAUCGGCUUCCUAGCCGCCAUCGUCUUUGGCGGAUGGCCAUUGAUCGGCGAGCUCCGCACGGUCUUCAGGGACAGGGGCGAUCGGUUGGCCGUCGUCGAGCCCGACGACCGCGAGAAGUUCAACAAGGAGCCCGAGGACGCGAUGAUGGCCGAGCCGGACCACUCGAUCAACCGGAUGACCCUGACUGACUCGCAGAACGACCACUCCACCCGGCUCUCCCAGCCCAGCGCGGCCGAGGACGCCACACUCACCCUCCACGACGACGACCAGCCGCUCUAUCUCGAGCCUACUCCCGACCAUCAGCCGCUCAAAGACCAUCGCUACCAUCCCAACCAUCGCCACGCUUAG